AUGGAGAUCGAGAGCUACUCGGAGGAGGAGCUCUGGCGCAGCGCCGGCCCCGAGGAGACGUACCUGGACCCGCCGCCGCCGCCCAUCUCGAACAAGCAGAUCAAGGCGCAGAAGAAGGAGGCGACCAAGCAGAACCUCAAACACAAGCGCGACACGUUGCGGAACCGCUUCCGCCGGAGCAAGGCUCGGGUCGACGACCCCUCGCUCCCCGAGGAGUCGCAGGACCAGAGCGACGACAACGACGACGGGUCCAAGUCGUCGUACACGAGCGCGCAGCUGCGCGAGGAGUACGAGAACCCCAAGCCGUACUCGCGCGACCGGGCGUUUGCGCGCAAGUACGGCCUGUCCACGCCGGAGCUGGUGCUCCGGCGGCUGCGCGCGCUCUCGCCGGCCGAGGUCGCCGCGGACGGGGACGCGCUGAUCGGCUGGACCGCCUCGACGGGGCCUUUAGCGGCGCGCUAUUCGCGCAGCUCCCUGCAGGAGCUGGGCGAGUGGGUGGUGCAUCUGCAAGCCUCCUCCGCCGCCAAGGCCGCCUCUUCUUCCACGUCCACGACAGAUUCCACCGCCGCCACCGCCACCGCCGUCGCCGCGGAGGAGGAGGAGGAUGUGGAGCCGGCGCUGCUGGUCGCGAAUGUCCAGGCGCUGCAGGCCAGGGCCGAGUCGACGCUCACGAUGCUCGCCGCGUCCAUGGGCCUCUCGCAGUCGGCCCUCGUCAUCAACCAGACGUCCGGCAUCAACAAGCUCACCGAGCUCGCCUUCUUCUUCGUGCCGCUGUCCUUCGUCACGGCCGUCUUCUCCAUGCAGGUGCGGGAGCUAACUCCUGACGACCUACCUGAUCCGGAUCCUGCUGCGGUCGCCGUCGCGGCCGCGGAGCACCGGCUGCACACGGUCGGCAACCGCGCCGUCGCCAAGUUCGUGCUCUUCUUCGCGGGACGUGACCGUGGCGGUCUUCGCCAUCGCCUUCCUGCUGUUCGCGUGCCUGGGCCUGUGGCUGUGGGCCCGUGGCUGGGCGCGGCAGCGACGACGCUGUACUUUAUCGUGACGCAGUGGCUGGACCCCGCGGUGCUGGUGCCGUGCUUCGUCUCGUUGCCUGUGGCGGCGGCGGGCAUGUGGGCGGCGUGGCUGUGGGCGGAAGAGCUCGGGGACUGGACCAACGAGGUCAUGAUCAAGGCCGCGGACGGCCUGGCGUCGAGGUUUCCGGAGAAGUGGCGGCUGGACAGCGUGGCUGACGAUGAUUUAUCAAGAGAGGGCGUCAAUCGUAUACCAGACAAACAAUCACCUUGGCAACUUGAAUGA